UUACGGGCAACAGUUUUCUGGCGACCCAGACUGGGGACUCCGGGGGUAGCUGGGGCGGCUCACGAGCUGAUCUACUCCACGCCGGCAACCAGGUGAUUUCUGGGGAGACAUCGACCCGUGCCCGACCCCGCACCUGCCGGACAACCCAUCCAGAAAAAGAUAUCCCUAGCGAUUCUCCGCUUGGUUGCUUGUUAAAACAUUGGAAGGAGGGAAAUUUUGGACAAGAGUUAAACAAGAAACAAUUGAUUGAUUACUGUAAUAAUGUAUGGCCUCAAUAUGAGACAGAAGGAAUGCAGUGGCCUAGAAAUGGUUCAUUGACUUUGGAAAUUAUAACCCCUUUGAUGCGAUAUUUACGAGAGAAUGAGAAGUGGGAUGAAAUACCGUAUCUAGACUUGUUUUAUUAUUUAAAACGUAAGACUGAAUGGCAAAAAGAAUGUGGUAUGUUGAUUUUGAAAGAAUUAGAUGAUAAAUGUAAAGAAUGUCAAGAGCGGAGUAUAAUGAUAUUGAAAGGAUUGGAUGAUAAAUAUGAGCGGAAAUUACGGUUUUCAGAACCAGAGGAGGAUGUGUCUUUGUUAGUCUCCCCCAGCAUAACUCCAAGUGCGCCCCCGAGAGAUAGUCUCCCUUCACGUGUGAGGGCACAGUCACCCACCAUGCCCCCGCUAGAAUCGUCCUCGGAUGAGGAAGAAAAGAGAAAGGGAGAAUGUGAUUUUGAUAGAACUCCUUUAGCUGAACGAACGCGGAGAGCACGAAGAGAACGAGGGAGGAAGAAAGAAGGAGCACAACCCGUUAGAGUGCGACAAUACCCAAUUAGUUUAGAAGCCAGGAAAGGAAUAGCUCCUAUGAUCACACAGUUUUUAAUUUUAGGGAUAUUAAAAGAAUGUGAGUCAGAGUUUAAUACUCCCAUUUUUCCGAUAAAAAAAAAUGGUAAGUAUAGGUUAGUGCAAGACUUUAGAGCAGUAAACCUCAUCACAAAAGAUAUCCACCCGGUUGUAGCUAACCCUUACACCUUGUUAACAUCUGUUUCUGAGAGAUUUCAGUGGUUUACAGUGAUUGAUCUAAAGGAUGCCUUCUUCUGCAUACCACUGGCACGGGAAAGUUGGAAAAUCUUUGCCUUUGAAUGGGAGAACCCAGAGACUGGACGGAAGUGACAGCUUACUUGGACUCGAUUACCACAAGGAUUCAAAUGCUCACCCACGAUAUUUGGUAAUCAGUUAGCAAAGGAACUUGAAGAAUGGAAGACUACUCAGGUAAAAGAAUCUCCUUUUUCAUAUAUAAUACUUCAAUAUGUUGAUGACAUCUUUUUGAGAAAUACAGAGCAGGGACUCUGUCGUCAAUUAACCAUUGAACUGUUAAACAUGCUGGGACAAGCAGGCUACCGAGUCUCAAAAGAAAAAGCACAACUAGUAAAACAGAAAGUUAUUUAUCUAGGAUGUGAAAUCUCCCAAGGAACCCGACGCUUAGGAACAAAUAGGGUUCAAGCAAUAUGUGCUAUUCCUGUGCCCCGAAAUAAUCAGGAACUGAGAUCUUUUUUAGGAAUGGUCGGAUGGUGCAGACUGUGGAUUCCCAACUUUGGACUAAUUGCCAGACCCUUAUAUGAAGCAGCAAAGGAGCCCAAGCUGACCUGGGGGACGAAGCAAGAGAAAGCGUUCCAGGAAUUGAAGAGAGCCCUCCAGGAAGCACCUGCCCUGGGACUGCCGGACCCAACCAAGGAGUUUCAGCUCUAUGUCUGCGAGAGACAACGAAUGGCUUUAGGAGUCCUCACUCAGCGUCUAGGAUCCUGGAAAAGACCGGUUGGAUAUUUCUCCAAACGGCUAGACGCAGUAAGUGGGGGAUGGCCAGGGUGUCUCAGAGCUGUGGCAGCAACGGUUAUUUUAAUACAAGAAGCACGAAAAUUGACUCUGGGAAAACACAUGGUAGUGUACGUACCCCACAUGGUCAUAGCAGUCUUGGAACAAAAAGGGGGGCAUUGGCUCUCAUCUAGCCGUAUGUUACAGUAUCAAGCUUUGUUGAGAGAACAAGAUGAUGUUGAACUGAAAAUCACUAACCAUCUCAACCCAGCAGAAUUCCUUAGGUCUACACAGGAAGAAGGUAUUCUGGAGCAUGACUGUGUAGAGACCAUUGAACAAGUCUACGCGAGCAGAAGAGACUUGAAGGACGAGCCAUUGACAGAUCCUGACUGGGAAUUGUUCACUGAUGGAUCUAGCUUUGUGGAGAACGGUACCAGGUAUGCUGGGUAUGCAGUGGUCACUGAACAAGAAGUGAUAGAAGCAAAUGCACUACCCCCAGGUACGUCUGCACAAAAGGCCGAAAUAUGGGCAUUGGUGAGAGCUUUAAUAUUAAGCCAAGGAAAGAGAGUUAACAUAUGGACUGACUCCAAAUAUGCUUUUGGGGUAGUUCAUGUUCACGGAGCACUCUGGAAAGAGAGAGGACUUCUUACUUCUCAAGGGACAAUGAUUAAACAUCGGGAAGAAAUUUUACAAUUGCUAGAGGCAAUACACAAGCCCUCAGCAGUGGCAAUAAUGCAUGUAAAAGGACAUCAGAGAGAUCCCGGACGAGAAUUUCGAGGUAAUCGACAGGCGGACCAAGCGGCUAAGCAGGCCGCAAGAGAAGUAUGGACUCAGAUGGUUCUUUUGCCUGUUCGAAAUAAUCCAGCAAUACCAUAUAUGGAAGAAAAACCACAUUAUUCACAGGAAGAUGAGAAAUUAGCUCAAAUGACAAAUGCAAAGAAAAAUGUUAAAGGGUGGUACAUUUCCCCCAUAGGACAAGUGAUUCCACCUGUCAGAAUAAUGAAAGCAGUGCUUGAAGCAGAACACAAUAAGUGCCACUGGGGUGCAGAAGCAUUGGUAAAAUUUUUGAAAAAUGAGGUUCUCUCAAACCAGAUGUUAACAUUGGCAAAAAGGGUAAAUGCAAUGUGUCCUAUGUGCAUAAAGAAUAACCCAGUAGUCAGGAAGCAGGUGCAGAUGGGAAAAUUACAGAUAGGUCAGUUACCGGGAGAUUACUGGCAAGUAGAUUUUUCUGAGUUGCCUAAAGCCCAAUCCUAUAAGUAUUUGUUAGUAUAUGUCUGCACCUUUUCAGGAUGGCCUGAGGCUUUUCCCUGUAGGACUAAUCAAGCAAAGGAAGUGGUAAAAACUCUCUUGAGGGAAAUCAUCCCAAGAUUUGGAGUUCCCCUAGGGUUGUCCUCUGAUCGAGGACCGCACUUUAUAGCAGGAAUAGUACAAGAUGGGUCAGUUGUAUUAGGGAUAACAUGGAAUCUCCAUACACCAUGGAGACCACAGUCUAGUGGACAAGUUGAAAGGAUGAAUCAGACAUUGAAAGGUCAAUUGAAGAAAAUUUGUCAGGAGGCAAAGAUUCCGUGGCCCCAAGCAGUAUCCAUUGCCUUGUUGAGAAUUAGGAUCAAACCAAGGGAGAGAAUAGGAGUAAGUCCAUAUGAAAUAUUAUAUGGCAAACCUUAUCAUGCAGCUACUUACCAAGGGGAUCCUCAUAUAGUAGGUGAUCAAGCAGUGUUUAAUUAUGUGUUAUCUUUAAAUAAGACUCUCACAGCCCUCAGAGGAGCAUUGCAGUGGAAUCGACCUCUGCCCCUGGAGAAUCCAGUGCACGACAUUUCUCCGGGAGAUCAUGUCUACGUGAGAAACUGGUCGGUGGAGCCGCUGAAAGAAACAUGGGACGGUCCUCACCAGGUGAUAAUGACGACCUACACCGCAGUAAAAGUCGAAGGAAUCGACAGCUGGAUCCAUUAUACUCGGGUCAAGAAAGUUCCAGUUUCGUGGUCGGUAGAACCUCUCUCACCCACAAGAAUGGUAUUUCGAGCCAACCAUUGA